GGUGUGGCUGAGCGGAGGGAGGAUACUUCUGGUUGGAGAAGCAGCAGAUCCUUAAUGUUCCCUGAAAAACAACCGCACAUCACAUCUCAUUCGCCUCCAGGAAGACAUCAUCGCAAAUUGAUGGAAUAUUCCAAAGCACGCGUCGCGCGCAUUUAGUAAUUUAGAUCAUUAUUGGGGUCAACUUCCAUGUUUAGGAAAUGUGUUUUAAAAAAUUGGGGGGUGUCUGGCGGAUUUUGUGAAUUUUCGGAUAAGGAAUAAUGCAACAAUAGGUGAGGACCUUGGGUUAUUACUCCCAAAAAAUUAUCUAGAAAUAGACUUUCUUUAAAUUGGCACAUUUUGUAGUUUUGAUGUAGAAUAAAACACUCCCAAUAUUCCAUAGCAUAAUCUGAAACUAUCGUUGAAGGUCGCCAAGUAUCCAUGACUGAACUGUUGAAUCUUUGAAGCCUAUUUUCGGCAACAACUUCUGCUUAUUGAUAGACAUUAUUCAACAAAUAUUUUGACCACAAAAGCCUACCUAGUCCAGAUAUUAUAUAGAUGUUUUGAGAUUGCAACCUAUAGAUAAGGGUCGUUAGGAGAGUUGUAGCCUUUAUAACAGGGGGGUUUAGUCAAGGGCACUCUCUCUGCCUGCCUGCCGCUCGCAUUGGACUUGUUGAAAACAACAACUGUCCCCGGUACAGUUGGAUACAUGAGUAGUAUUAUAACAAGGACUGACAUGAGGAAAAACUCAAUUGUCACCGUGUGAUUCACCGAGAUAUACUAACUGAAUAACAAAUUAACGGAAUAACCAACCGUCUCUCCAUCUAAAUCUAUGAUUAACUCGGUGUGUGUUUCGUCUUACCGAGGACGCAAAUCAGGCAACAAACCUCCGUCCAAGACAUGCCUGAAGGAAGAGAUGACCAGGGGGGAAGACUCUGAAAAAAUAAUCAUCAAUGUUGGUGGCACAAGACACGAAACCUACAAAAGCACAAUUAGGACCCUACCGGGGACGCGCCUGGCAUUGUUAGCCGACCCGCCAGAGCCGGUGAACAACCCAGACACGGACUCCCUCCCACCGACUCCCUCCCAACCCAGAUCCAUAUCUCCAUAUCCAACUACAAACGAGUUAUUUUUCGACAGGCAUCCUGGCAUAUUCGCUUAUGUGUUGAACUAUUAUAGGACUGGCAAGCUCCAUUGCCCCGCAGAUGUCUGCGGGCCUCUUUUUGAAGAGGAGUUGGCGUUUUGGAUGAUAGAUGAGACCGACGUGGAGCCGUGUUGCUGGAUGACAUACCGGCAGCAUCGGGACGCAGAGGAGGCGCUGGACAUAUUCGAACCACCAGACCCGGAUGACACGGACGAUGAACUACCCAGACGGUUCGGCAUUGAGGACUGCCCGGAAAGAUCGAGGGGAUGCUGCGAAGUUUGGCAACCAAAGAUAUGGGCACUCUUUGAGGACCCCUACUCAUCCAGGGCUGCUAGAGGUAUAGCGUUUGCCUCUCUGUUCUUUAUCCUGAUUUCCAUCACUACGUUCUGCCUGGAGACUCACGAAUACUUCAACGACCUGCAGAACCACACGGAACGCGUGGUGGUGGGGAACCACACUGAGGAGGUGUUCUUGGUGAAGGUGGUGACCAAACCCAUUCUGACCGUGGUGGAGGGUGUUUGUGUGGUCUGGUUCACCUUUGAGUUCUUCGUCCGCAUCGUGUGCUGCCCCGACAAGCUGCUCUUCAUCAAGAACAUGUUAAACGUCAUUGACUUCGUGGCCAUCCUGCCCUUCUACCUGGAGAUGGGCCUCAGCGGUCUGUCCUCCUCCAAAGCGGCCUCCGACAUCCUGGGGUUUCUACGGGUAGUCCGCUUCGUCCGGAUCCUCCGGAUCUUCAAGCUGACCAGGCAUUUCGUCGGUCUGAGGGUUCUCGGCCACACGUUGAGAGCCAGCGUCAACGAGUUCUGCCUGCUUAUCGUCUUCCUGGCGUUGGGCGUCCUCAUCUUCGCCACGAUGAUCUACUACGCAGAGAGGAUAGGGGCCCAACCGGACGACCCCCGCGGCUCUAAACACACCCACUUCAAAAACAUCCCUAUCUCCUUCUGGUGGGCCGUGGUCACCAUGACCACCCUGGGCUACGGGGACAUGUACCCCAAGACGUGGCUGGGUAUGAUAGUGGGCGCGCUGUGCGCUCUGGCGGGGGUGCUGACCAUCGCCAUGCCCGUGCCUGUUAUAGUCAACAACUUUGGGAUGUACUACUCCCUGGCCAUGGCUAAACAGAAGCUGCCUAAGAAGAAGAAAGCACAUAAUCCGAACCCGGACGCUCCCACGGACACGGCCUCGUUCGGGAAGUCUGUCGCUACCUCUCCCAGGGACAGUACUCAGAGUGAUACAUGUCCUCUGGCUGCAGAGAGGAAUAUCAACAGGAACCGCUCAGACUCCAAGCAGAACGGAGACGCCAACGUGGCUCUGUCGUCGGAUGAGGGAUGCAGCCUGACCCAGCCGCUGUCACCCAGCGAGAAGUGGAACCUACGGUGCGCCCACGACGACGGUCGAGAACACUCCCGGUCGGCCAGGGGGAACAAGAAAAGCAAGAAAGAGGCAACCUGCUUCCUGCUCACCUCCGGAGACUUCUCCUGCUCUGGAGGAGAACACACCAUAGUCACGGAAAGCUGUACAGACAUCCUGACUGCUACUGGGCUCUACGCCCAUCCAGAAAUCACCACUCUGACCUGAAGAAGCCAUUUUGGAUUGAUGAAGGACAAGUGGUUGUGAACCAGGGUGCAUGGUGGCGAAGCUUCAGAUUUAGGAUCCUCCCUCCUUCACUAACUAACGUGAAGGUUCCGGAUCGUUCCGGAAGGUUCCAGAAGAAGAAUGCUUGUCUUUCUGUCGAAUACAAAGUAACAAAACUCCGCGGUAGAAUCCUUCUAUCUGAUGCUUUAGAAGAUAUAGUUCUGUAUGUACACACAUCUGUUUGUUUUCCAAGCAUUUAGCAUGUAUUGUAUUGCAUGAUCUAGCACUAUAUAAUGUACUUUGAGAAAAUAACAUCAGUGAACGUUAAUGUUAAGGGACACAUCUAAAGUUGAGGAGGGUUUUGAAUAUCUCCUCUGAUGUUAAUACUCUUGAGUUUCAAUCAAACAUCAAUAUUUCCAAAUGGUGUUUUCAAGAAAUUGCUACUAUGGCAUUUUCUGAUUCUGUUUUAAAAGUGUUCAAUACACUAUACGAUCAGUUCAUAGUCCUUGUGAAGAAUCCUGAGACCAGAAACCAUAUGAUGUUUCAGAAAGAAAAAAAAUUGCAGUCUUUCAUCAAUGAAGCAUAAUUGGUAAAUAUUGACGAACUGAAAUACAACAAAAAUGUGUGGACUUGCAUUGUCUAAAAAAGUGACUGUGAACAAAUUACAGUAGAAUUAGAAGUACGAGUUGUUGUUCCAAGCCGACUGACUCCCAGCAAAAAUAUAGUCCAGCUUUGUUUUGAUUUAAACAUGCCGGUAAAUGGCUUCCCGAGUGGCGCAGCAUCACAGUGUUGCAGCAUCACUACAGCCUGGGGUUCACUUUAGUUGGCUCAUCGACGCUUUAGCGACUCCUUGUGGCGGGCCGGGCACCUGCAGGCUGACCUCGGUCCUCAGUAGAACAGUGUUUUCCCCCGACACAUUGGUGCGAGCGGGUGUUAAGGAGCGUGGCGGGUGUUAAGAAGCGCGGCUUGGCGGGUCAUGAUUCAGAGGACACAUGACUCGACCUUCGCCUCUCCUGAGCCCGUCGGGGAGUUGCAGCAAAGAGACAAGAUUGUAAUCACCAAAUUGGGUAGAAAAAGGGGUUAAAAAAUACAACAACAAAAAUGCUAAUAAUAAAAAACCUGACGGUAAAACAGGUUGGUCUCUGCCUGGUGUCAUGUCAGUCAACAGACAGGCCGUAGUCAGUGGCAUGUGACUAUAAAAGCUCACAUAACUUUUCUUUCACAAACAAAGUAUCAUGCAAUUCCUAAUAGAAAGAUUUUUUUUUUUAAAUCAUGUAUAUCUAGUACAGUACAGUACAUGAACAGAUCUGUUUCAGGAAGAAGAGAGUCAACAUGCAGACAGUAGUAGCAAUAGCAGCAUGUGACUAUUAAAGUUCACGCUACUGUUCACAAACAAAGUGUCUUUAAAUCCUUAUACACAAGAAAAAAAGGAGUAAAAACUAAAAUGUCAAAAUGCCUUGAGAGACCAGAUGCAGUCAGAUAGUAGUCAAGAGGGUAGCAGGAGACUGAAGAAGCUCACACUACUUGUCUUUUUACAAACAAAGUGUCUUGGAAAUCCUUGUAUAAAUGAUAUAUAAAUUAUAUUGUAUUUCCAUUAGCUGUGUUCCAUCAAUACAUUCGCUGGUUGAAAGGGGACCAAACUUUGGGCGGCCAUAUUAGUUAAAAAUAGAUUAUCUCUACAUCAUCAUUAGUAAAUGUAUCAUCAACAUCGUUCGUAAAUAAAAUGUUAAGAAGCAUAUCAACACAUACUGCGGUAUCAUCCGUACAUUCUAGUCGUGCCUAAUGACAAAGUGAUGGGGCUUAAUGUGUUAUGGAGUAUCUUGAUGAGGUUUAGAUUUGUUCCUAAAAACAGAUUAUCUUGGUUCUUUUAAGAUCUUGGUUAUUUUAAGAGCUUGGUUGUUGGAGAUCUUGGUUGUUGGAGAUCUUGCUUGUUUAUACAUGUUGCCAAGGGGGGUGGGGAAAUGUUUGCAUCUCAAGUGGUGCCCUAUUCCCUAUGUAGGUUCUGGUAAGAGAUAGUGCACUACAUAAGGGAUAGGGUGCAUAUUUGGGACUGAGACAAAUAGAGUAUGGUUUCUUUCACAUGAUGUCUUAAUAUAUUUCUCUUGUUCGACCGUAGUUGCCUUAUGUUUAUUAUAAAACAGUUAUGUUUUAUUUAAAUGUGUUUUUAUUUAUAUCUCAAACCUAUUUUAACUCCUCUGACACAAAAGUCUGUAUAUAUAAGCAAAGUUGUAUGUAGCACAGUAUAGGCUUAGUGAAACUCUUCUAGAAAUGGAUGGGCUGCACAGUUACUAUUAAUACAGUCAAUUACUAUUUGUUUAUAAAAAAUAAUAUGAUUUUAUUUGGAUAAUAUAACUUUUUACCUAUACAGCCUCCUUUUCCCCUUUCACUGUUGUGUUUUAGCUGGGAUGAACUGAAACACAGCAAUGUGAGUCUGUGCUGGUUUCUCCAUACAAUUACAAUGAUUCUAUGGUUUUCAGUCUCAUUCUCUCUGUUUCUUUCUGGGGUGCCGUUUGGAAAGUUGAACCGUCAUUUUGGCAAUGAAACACAGCGAAAGAUGUCAGAUGUUGUGUGUGUAAAGCAAUGCAGUUGAUAUAUUGUAUCAUGUAGGCAUGUGUUUCUAUACAGCAAUACAAAUCAAAUACAUUUCCCUGUGAUACAAAUCAAAUACAUUUCCCUGUGAUACAAAUAAAAUACAUUUCCCUG